CCGUGAAGCAGAGGGAUGGAGGGUCAGGGGAUUUGGAGACUCAGAAACGAGAGCUGACGGGAGGGAUCAUGUGGAGAUACAGAGUCAAGUCCAGGCAGUGCUAUUUCCUAGAGUGGUCUCCGAAAGUAACAGUUGUAGCCAAAAUGAAGUUCAAUCCUUUGUGACUUCGGACCGAAGCAAGAACCGCAAAAGGCAUUUCAAUGCACCUUCCCACAUUCGCAGGAAGAUUAUGUCUUCCCCUCUUUCCAAAGAGCUGAGACAGAAGUCCAAUGUUCGACCCAUGCCCAUCCGAAAGGAUGAUGAAGUUCAGGUUGUCCGGGGGCAUUAUAAAGGUCAGCAGAGUGGCAAAGCAGUCCAGGUUUACAGGAAGAAAUACGUCAUCUACACUGAGCGGGUGCAGCCGGAAAAGGCUAAUGGCACAACUGUCCACGUGGGCAUUCACCCCAGCAAGGUGGUCAUUACUAGGAUUAAACUGGACAAAGACCGCAAAAAGAUCCUUGAAGGAAAAGCCAAAUCUCGCCAAGUAGGAAAGGAAAAGGGCAAGUACAAGGAAGAAACAAUUGAGAAGAUGCAGGAAUAAAAUAAUCUUAUAUGCAACUUUCAUUAAACA